GACCAUUUUCGAUCAAAUAACGGACUGGCAUUGAGCUAGCCAGCCAUAUCGAAUAUUUUCUCCAGAGAAAAAGUCAGAUACAGGCACAUAUAUCAAUGUGACGAUCUCUCCAUUCUCUGCACUUCUAAGAUCGACCGAGCACGAAUUUCCGGUCAUUAAUUUAAACAAGGAAAGCUAAAGGAGAUUCCCAAGUGCCAACCCUCUCUUCCUUUGUAUGUGGGCCUUCAAGCUAGUAUAUAUAUAUGGCCUAAAAUACAUGAUUGAUAUGGACUGGUGAUCCAUUAUGGGAAGCACAACAAUGACCACCAAUUGUAGUAACUGCAAGACGAGGCUUCCUCAUCUAACCUCUCAUCCAACCUCACCAAUACCCCGUGUUACUCAAUAUCGCUGCUUCUGUGGUUAUGUUAAUCUGAUUGAGACGACCAAGCCAGCUCUUGCCCAGCACCACCACGAAGGUCAGCAGCAGCAGCAUAGCCAUCGGAGACGAGCUUCCAGCUGGAUUAAUUCGCAUAUAAAGGGAUCAUCACCAUCAUCGUCGUCCAAGAACUGUAAAUCCCCAUCACCGUCACCGUCAUCGUCAUCGUCAUCAACCAGCUUAAUAAAAAGCUGUGGCAGAAAGCGCGCACUUCUUUGCGGAGUGACAUACAAGGCGCGCAAGUACAAACUCAAAGGCACUUACAAUGACGUCAAUAACAUGAAUCACUUGUUGAUCAACACCUUUUGUUUUCCAGCCGACUGCAUUCGCAUACUAUCAGAAGAAGAAGGGCAACCGAAAGAGCUGACUCCCACAAAGAAGAACAUAGAGAAAUCCCUGAAAUGGCUUGUGGAGGGGUGCCAGGCAGGAGAUUCGUUGGUGUUCUACUUCUCAGGACACGGACUCCGACAGCCCGAUUUCAAAGACGACGAGGUUGACGGGUUCGACGAGACUAUAUGCCCUCUUGAUUUCAUGGAAGAGGGAAUGAUCCUUGACAAUGAUAUCAAUUCAACCAUCGUCCACCCACUCAAGGAGGGCGUCACACUACAUGCUAUCGUUGAUGCUUGUCAUAGUGGAACAAUUCUUGAUCUACUCUACGUCUACGACCAUAAAGGGAACAAGUGGAAGGAUAAUAGUCCUCCUUCUGGUGCUAGGAAAAGUACAAGUGGAGGGUUGGCAAUUUGCCUCAGUGCUUGCGAAGACGAUAAAAUGGCAGCAGAUACAACUGCUUUUGAUCGAAAUGUAAUGAAUGGUGCCAUGACAUACAUUCUUAUUGAAAUUAUUAAGAACCACUCUGGUAAAGGCAUAACGUAUGGGGAACUGCUCGACUUCAUGUUUGAUCAAAUUCAAAGGAUUAAUGGGGAAAGAUGCCUCAACUCCAGAAUCUUGAGAAAAGUUUUUCGACACAAAAUCAUUCAGCAACCUUUAUUGUCAUCGUCCGAAGACUUCGAUGUAUACAAGAAGAAAUUUCUCUUGUAGUAAGAUGUGGGAAAUACUGUAAUGAUGUUCAAUUCAUUUGCAAGAACUUCCGAAUUAUUGUCUAUUGGGUGUAUUUGUUAUACUUCAAGACUAGUAAAACAAUGCAUUAUCUCA